AUGUCUAUUCUGGAACGCAUGAAUCCGCUCGCAUAUGGUGUUGGAAGAACUACUCAUGCCAUAUGGAGAUUUCUACAGUUUGUGUUGGCACUUACGGUUAUUGGGUUGUAUGGGACGGAUUUGAAUAGGGCGAAUAGGGAACAUAAAUAUUCGGAUGGGAAAUGGAUCUACGCCGUAGUAACCGCCACCCUCUCCGCCCUCACCUCCCUCCUUCACCUGAUCCCCCUCUUCAACCUAAUACCCGUCCUCUUCCUCUGGGACACAGUCCUAUUCAUCCUCUGGAUUGCCCUCUUUGGCCUCUUUGGAAAUAUGUAUAUUCACGAGAAAGCAGAAGGAGAUGCAGGGAUACAAAGAAUGAAAAAUGCAGUGUGGGUGGAUUUGAUCAAUGCGUUGUUGUGGGCAGGUAGUGCGGUGGGUAUGGUGCUUUUUUGGAGUAGGGAGAAGAGGACUAGGUGGACGGGGAGGGCGAGGGGGAGGAGUGGGAGUCCGGGGGUUUGA